GUUAACCUGACAGCCUGCGGUCUGUCUCCUCAGAGACAAUAAAGAGGCUCUAGAUUUUAAUGAGAAAGAAAAGAGGAGAAAUAUGCCCAGCUGUGGGACGCCUUAAAUCUACUGGAUUGAGCUCAAGAAUGCAAAAGAAAAGUCUGUUUGUUUCUACAGAGAUAUUUGUGCCGGAUAAAUUUCAUAUAUGUGGGAGAGUUUCUGUUGCUCGGGACUUUGAAUUGGGUAAUGUCUCAUGGGCGAACACACAGUUGGAUUUCUGCUGAUAACAAAAGGGACUGCCACGAGAAAACGUAUUAAGUGAGGAGUUUUUCAUCAUUAACUCCAGAGGAAGUUCAAAGAAACAACAGCAGGGCUCAUCAGCUUGAUCUGAAGGCUAACUGACACUGACCUUGGCAGUCGUCGCCUGUGAAUCUGCACAUUUCUACCGAGCGAACCAAAUGCAGACAGAAAGAUGCAUUUGGGUAAGGCUUUACUGUUUGUCCUCCUCCUCAACUGCGCAACUUUGAGCUCAUGCCUGUCAACUUGUGCCACCGUGGAUAUUGACCAUGUGAAAAGGAAGAGGGUCGAGGCGAUACGGGGUCAGAUUCUGAGCAAACUCCGACUGACGAGUCCUCCGCACUCCCUCGGACCGAAUAAAAUCCCUUAUCAAAUCCAAGCAUUGUAUAACAGCACCAAGGAGCUACUGGAGGAGCUUGGGAGGGAUCGGCAGCAAAGUUGCGGUCAGGACAACACAGAGACAGAGUACUAUGCCAAAGAGAUAUACAAAUUCAACAUGGUCUACGGACCGCCAGAGAGCAACGAUCUGCUCUACUGCCCAAAAGGCAUCACCUCUAAGGUUUUCCGCUUCAACGUCUCCGCCAUGGAAAGGAACUCAACCAACCUCUUCAGAGCAGAGUUUCGAGCUCUGAGGGUGCCAAACUCAAGUGCCAAGAGGAAUGAACAGCGGAUUGAGCUCUACCAGAUUGUGAGGCCAAAUGAACACAUUAGGAAACAACGCUACAUCGGAGCCAAGAAUGUGCUGACCAAAGGUACCCCUGAAUGGGUCUCCUUCGAUGUGACUGAGACAGUGCGGGAAUGGCUGAUGAACAGAGGAACUAAUCUGGGCCUGGAAAUCAGUGUGCACUGCCCCUGCCACACCUUCAACCCAAAUGGUGACAUCAUUGACAAUGAGAACGAGGUGCUGGAGGUGAAGUUCAAAGGUGUGGAUGGAGAUGAGGAGCACAGUCGCUUGGAUCUGGAUCACCUGAAGAAGAAAAAGGAGCAGUACCUGCCUCACCUUAUCCUCAUGAUGAUCCCACCACACCGCUUGGACACUCAGUACACCCGCCGACGCAAGAGAGCACUGGACACAAACUACUGUUUCUCAAACACAGAGGACAGCUGCUGUGUUCGCAAGCUCCACAUUGAUUUCCGGCGUGAUUUGGACUGGAAGUGGAUCCAUGAGCCCAGUGGUUACGAUGCCAACUACUGCUCUGGGCCCUGUCCUUACCUGAGGAGUUCAGACACAACACACAGCUCGCUGCUGAGCCUGUACAACACUCUGAAUCCAGAGGCAUCGGCCGCCCCCUGCUGUGUCCCUCAAGACCUGGAACCCCUCACUAUACUCUACUACUCUGGACGAACCCCCAAAGUGGAGCAACUCUCCAACAUGAUUGUCAAGUCUUGCAAGUGUAGCUGAGAAGACUUUGAAAGGCGAGGUAGUGUGGCACGAUUUUACUAGGUACUGACCAGACCCAUGCUCGUUGACUUUUGGACUCUUAGCUGUGACAAAUACUUAAAACUGACCCUGUGGCCUCGUGGCGUAGAUCUGAAAACCACUCUGGAGGUCACACUUUUUUUUUUUUUUUCAAGGAUGCAGAUUUUCUUAAAACUUGAGAUCAUCUUUUUUUUCUUGUUUUGUUUUUUUCCACCCACUCAGUCAGUUCUGAAUGACAAGUAGUUCUCUUCUUUAUCUUAAAAGGUCCAACCAAAACCAAACUCAGUCUUACAAUCAAGGUACAAUCUUUAAAUAUUUUCGUCUAGAUUUGUGAAGAUGGACAACACACUGUUAAGGCUAGAUUACAGAGACUCCUGUACAAAUCUGUGACAUGAAGAUAAAACGAUGAAGUAAUGAAAGAGACUUACUCUGUGCUAUAUUUUCUACUUCAGAGCUCAAGCAAAUAUUCCACAAAGUUCAAAUCUCUGCAUUAUCUGUACAGCAGUUUUCCUGUUUCUAGCCUUGGAACAGUAUUGCUCAUAGUCACAAAUAUAGACGUGCUCUCCUGAAUGGUUGAAGAGUCCUUUCAGGAUCUGGAUUUUUCCUUGAACUUGCCUUAAGCUCCCUUCCCUUCAAAACAGUGGGCAUUAUCUUCAAUCACAAAAGGAGAAAGGACAGACUUGCUGCUGUAUCCAAAGCCAUAGCUGUGGUCAGGGAAAAGGAGAGCUGAGAGAGAAUGCCUGUUGGAUUUGCAAUGGAAAGUGAAUGAACAAAGAAGUUGAGCCAAGCUUUUCUUUUUUUGGCCAGCCAGCAGCAAUGGCCUUUUUUUUCGGUGCAUCUAUUAGAAUGGAUGGAAGAAGAGGAAGAAGAAGGAGAAGAAGAAGAGGAGGAAGGAGAAGGAGAAGAAGAAGAGGCGGAAGAAGAAGAAGAAGAAGAAGAAGAAGAAGAAGAAGAAGAAGAAGAAGAAGAAGAAGAAGAAGAAGAGGGAACCUGUAUGCAAGGGAAGAACUGUGAUGGAAACUAGCCAUGAGCACACUGCCUGCCAUUCACUGGAAGUUUUCAUCCCUAACAGGUUCAAAUUAUUUUUGGGACAUCAAAGAAUAUACUGGAAAAGAACAAGUGUUAUGCAACAAGCUUUUUUUAUGAGAUUUCUUUUACAUUAAUAGCAGAUUUGUUCUGUUAUGCAACUUGUCAUAUAGUGAUUGUUUCACUAACUGGGAUGAAAAUUGAUUGAUGGAAACACUUUUAUAUAAAACCACGAGUACUGUUACAUUUCCUUGUGAUUUAGAAAGAAUAUGCAACUUUUUUUGUGCAUAAACAAAUUAGUUUGACUUGUUGUAUUUGGUCCAGUGUAUGUUUGACUAAAAUCUUAAUGUAUUAAAAGGUGACUAUCCCCAGAAAGUUCAAUCGGAGCACUUUUCUCAAGCAAUAACAGGAAAUGUAAUGACAUUUAAAGUGCAGCUGUUUAUUUUAUUUUAUUUUAUUUUUUUUAAAUCAUACUAUCCUAUCAACUCACCUGUCACCUUUCACUCCAGCCAGCUGACAAGGAGUCACAUGUGCAUGUGCAGUCAGGACUCUGGUGUUCCCAAAACACUGCAGUCUUUCAUUCCCUCUGCUCCGUCUCUGUUUGUGUUGGUGCUCCUUUACAGUGUGAAGCCCUAAUGGAACAAAAAAAUGAAGAGGGAGGGGAAGAAGUCAUAACAUGACAGUGGCUGGAUGUACAGUUAGACCUCAUUUUUCUCCGAGUCAGGAGAACGAUUCUGAAUCCCUGUACUGUUUGACGUUGGCCCAGUCAGAGUCAUCUAACCUUUAGGUGACAUUUAGGUGAUGUUUUUGGCAGUAAUAUUGUUUGGUUGACUUGUUGAUCAUGAUUGUUAUUAAAAACACA